AUGCUUCUUACUGGGUCUAAUACCAUGCUCUUAAACUCUUUUGUUGUUGCACUUCACCAAGAGUUCGAUAUAAAGGAUUUGGGUUUUCUUCAUUACUUUCUUGUUACAUGUACAACUAAUGGCUUACUUUUGUCACAGUCUACAUAUGCCCUUGAUAUCAUCAAGCGAGCCCAAAUGGAAGGACGUAAGCCUAUGAAUACCCAAAUAUCCCCUAAAUACAAACAUUUGGAUGAUGUAACUCCAUUUCAUGAUCCUACACAUUAUCACAGUUUGGUCGGCGCUCUACAGUAUUUGACUUUUACUCGACCUGAUUUAUCCUUUAGUGUGAAUUUUGUCUUGCAGUUUAUGCAUUCUCCCAUGCAAGGCCACUAUCAACUUGUCAACAGAAUCAUCAGAUAUGUCCAUGGCACCAUUACCUUUGGUCUUCACAUGUGCAAACAAUCGACUCUUAAUCUCUAUGGCUUCUCUGACUUUGAUUGGGCAGAUAUCGUGGUCAGGAACCUAAUGGGUCACACACAAAAGAGAAUUGAUAGGUUCAAGGACACUAGACGAUCAACUUCUGGCUUUUGUAAAUUUCUUGGAAGCAAUAUUAUCUCCUGGUCUGCAAAGAAGCAAGCAUCUAUUUCUCGUUCAAGUUCGGAAGCUGAAUACAAAUCCAUGGCUAAUGCUACAGUUGAAUUAUUAUGGCUAUCUUAUCUCUUGCAUGACCUUGGAAUCCUUCAAAAUCGUCCACCGCUAUUGCUAAGUGAUAAUCAAAGUGCUCUUCAUAUGGUAGCCAAUCCCGUAUUUCAUGCACGUGGCAAACACAUUGAAAUUGACUACCACUUCGUCAGAGAAAACGUUCAACAAGGCCAACUCCGUACUAGACAUUUACCAUCCAAGCUACAAAUGGCGGACAUCUUUACAAAGCCCUUAGACAAGCCAACAUAUGAAUUUAUUCGGCACAAAUUAAGCCUCAUUCCACAGCAUAAUUUGAGGAAGGGUGUUAAGAAUACUGAAAUUGUGGAAUCCCCUCCAUGCAAGGAAAGUCCAGCAAAGAAUAAAAUUGUGCAAUCUCCUCCAUGCAAGGAAAGAUCAGCAGAGAAUGAAAUCAUUAACAAGACUACACAAAUCAAGGAAAUCACUAGACAAAAUGCUAAUCAAUUGAUUUGUGUAAAAUGA